AACGCCGCUGAUAUUUGUUAGAGGUUAGAUAAAUACGUCGAUAAUAUAACGUGGCUUUAUAACAGGACGAAUAAAACGGGAAAAACUGGUUUACAUUCUAAACGAAAAGGGAAAGGGCACAAGAUAGGAGAAAAGUACUAAACAGAGGCAAUGCUAGGGUUUAUAGUUUCCGGAUCAGUGACUAGCACGUGCCUGGUCGGACUGGUUGUCGGACUUCUGGCGUACUGGAUGGUACAAAAAUGGAAAUAUAAGUAUCCACCGGGACCCCCUGGACUGCCACUCAUUGGAAAUGCAUUGCAAAUCAACCAGAACGGAUUCCAUAAACAGGCGUUUGAAUGGUCGAAGAAAUAUGGCCCUGUGAUAACCGUUCGCACAGGUCCUAUCUCGAUGGUAGUUGUGAAUACGAUUGACACUGCCUUAGAAGUACUUGUAAAGAAGUCUACAGAUUUUGCUGGGCGUAUGUUGACUCCAUCACUUGACUUAUUUACAUACGGAGGGAAGGAUAUUGUUUUCAGCACGUACAACUCAACGUGGAAACUCCAUAGGAAAAUUGCGACACAAGCUUUACGUCAUUACAUGAAAGGUGACGCUUUACAACUGCGUGUUCAUGACGCCAUGGAGACAGCGUUUGUUGAGAUGGACAAAGUAAAAGAAGAGUUUGAUCCUUCAGAAUACCUGAAUUAUAUAGUGGGCAAUAUUCUCACUGGAUUAUGUUUCGGUGGAAAGUACACUUUUCAAGACAAAGAAGUACACUAUAUGCUUGAGAAAGAAGAUAUUUUCCUGCAAAGGUUUGGAAUCGGAGCUAUUGAAGAUUUCGUCCCGGGACUGAGAUAUGUUUACAAAUCCGAUAUCACAAAGUUUCUAGAAGAAUUUACCAAGGAGGUGUUUGACCUCUACUUUUCAAAGAAAUUGAAGGAGGCAGAAGAAACAUUUGAUAAAGAUAACGUACGUCAUUUUACUGACACACUUCUAUUAGCUCGGAAGGAGGCCGAAGAAGAGGGUGUAGAUGUAAAAAGUGUUUUCACCGAUGAGCACCUACUUCAAACACUAGGGGACAUUUUCUUUGCUGGUAUAGACACAACGAGGUACACACUGAAAGGUGCAAUUCUUCACAUGGUGGCCUUUCCUGAUAUACAAGAAAAGGUUCAAGAGGAAAUAGACAGGGUCGUUGGCAAGGACAGGCUACCAGGAAUUGAUGACCGUCCAAAUCUGAGUUACACAGAAGCUGUUUUACAUGAAAGUAUGCGUCUAUCAACAGUUGUUCCUUUAGGGGUGCAACACAUGACUAUCUGUGACACUGAAGUUGGAGGUUACAGAAUUCCAAAAGGAACAGCAGUGAACAUCAACCACUACGCAUUGCACAACGACCCAGAUGCAUGGGAAGAGGUCGAACGAUUCAUUCCAGAAAGAUACUUGGACGAAAACGGUAAACUUGGACCCAAACCAAAGAAUUGGUUGCCAUUUUCGGCGGGAAAGAGAGUUUGUCUUGGGGAAUUUGUAGCGAAACCAGAACUCCAUUUGAUCUUUGCAAGUUUGAUGCAACGCUACAAGUGGAAAAUGAUGUCUGGAAAGUGCCCGAAUAUGGAACAAACUGGAUCUUUUGCAGUGGAAUACCUUCCAUACAAGGUCAUUGUGGAGAAAAGAACAUAGACUUUAUAUAUAUUAUAUAUAUAUUUGCCU